GUCAGCAGGAUCUGCAUCAGCUUCUCUCGGUCAUUGAGCAGUUCAGUUCCAUCAUGGCGAUGCACGCCAAAGCGACUCCACCGCAGAUUCCCGAUACCCGCCGCGAACUCUCCGAGCUGGUCAAGAGAAAACAAGAGCUUGCGGAGACUCUGGUGAAUCUAGAAAGACAGAUUUAUGCAUUUGAAGGCAGUUACCUGGAGGACACUCAGAUGUAUGGGAACAUCAUUCGAGGAUGGGACCGAUAUCUGACCAAUCAAAAGAAUUCCAACAGCAAGACUGAUCGGAGGAACAGGAAGUUCAAGGAAGCGGAACGUCUUUUCAGCAAGUCCUCUGUCACAUCAGUGGCGGCUGUUUGUGCUCUUGGAGGGAUUCCUGAUCAUAUGAAUGAAAAACGUGAACCAGGCAGUGGAACAGAGAGCGACACGUCCCCGGACCUCCAGAACCAGGAAAACGAACCCAGCCAGGAAGACACGGAGGAGGCAGAUGGAGCCCUACAGGACCUGAAACCCCAGAAAGCUGCUUCCUCUUCCUCUGGAAGCCACCACAACAGCCACAAGAAACGCAAGAACAAGAACAGACACAGCCCCUCUGGCAUGUUUGAUUAUGACUUUGAAUUUGAUAUGAAGAUGAACAAGAAACCCAGAGCGGAUUACUCGGCCUAACGGAUCCUCUCAGUUUCACUCUCAGACAUUCACACAAACCUGUUCAGUCAGUCCUGAUUCUUUCCGGUCCAGAACGUCUGGAUCUUCCCCUGCAUUUCUCCACUCUUGUGUUUGCUUCUUUCCUGACCGUAGUGAAGCUCUCAAGUGAUUUUUAGUCUCUGAUGGAUUCAGAUCCUGUUAUUGCAUGAUAUGUAUUUCAAACAUGUUCCAGAACUGCUCAUAAUGCUGGAAUCUUUUUAUUUAUGAUGUUACAUUGAUGAUGUAUCAGUGGAUCCAAACCUUUCCCUCCUGCUUUUGGAUAUCCAUCACUUUUGUUUUGUUAAACUUGUGUAGCUAAUGUAAAAAGUUGGUUUUGUCAUUUUUUUUUUUUUUUUUUUUUUUACCAUCUUGUUUUGAAUAAAACUGAAAUAAGACAAUGA